AUGUCGGACUGUUUUGAUUACAGUAGUGAUGAUACCGAACAUGAUGAUCAAUAUGGCGACGAAGCAUUCAACAAUAAUCAAUAUGAUGAAGACGAUUUCUAUCAUUCGGAUGAUCAAUACAGCGGAAGAAUUCAAUUAUCUGAUUAUGCGAGUGAAGGUAACAAUUCAACAUCUUUUAAAGACAGAUCGUGUAUUACAAUCAGUAUUGAAUGUACAAAUCGAACUGAUUCUGAAGAGGAAUCAUUCAAUAGUAAUGUUGUUGACUCGCCCGAUGAGAAAACCAAGUUGUGGAAACCUAUUGUUCCUAAAGAAUUUAUGCCAGAUGUAGAUGCUACUUAUCAAUCAUUAGAGGAGGCGGUUGAAAUGUAUAAAUUAUAUGCAGAUAAAGCAGGUUUUGGUGUCAGGUUAAAUACAGUAACGAGUUUUGGUGACAAAACCAUUAAAAAAAGGUAUGUAGUGUGCAACAAAAUGGGUAAAAUACCUAACAGAUCAACUGACACUUUGGAUCCUGAGGGAACUGGAAGGAAUAAACGAAACUCAAACUUCAGAAUCAAGGACUGCAAGGCAUUGAUAAAGUUUGAAAGGUUACAUAUGCGAACUAAUGCUUGUAAAAUAUAUGAGUUUGAAGAGAAGCACAACCACCCCCUAGAAACUAAAGAAGAAAGAUGUUAUUCCAAACGUGCACGACGACUUAGUUAUAAAGACAAGGAGUUUAUAGUGCGUUCUUUGCGUUCUUCAACAUCUAACAUUGGUGCAACAAAGGCACAUAAGUUACAAGCUAGUUUGCAAGGAGAUUAUGAAAACGUUGGCCCUGAAGCAAUUGAUUAUAAAAAUUUUAGAAGGAAGAUGGGAAACAUUAUAGGAGACAAGGAUGCACGGCUGGUUGUUGACAAAAUGAACAUGAGGAAAGAUGAGUUACCUAACUACACAUUUGAGUAUAAAUAUGUUGAUAGUGUGUUAAACGCAGUGUUUUGGGCGGAUGAAACCGAUAAGUUAUAUUACAAGGAGUUUGGAGAUGUGAUCUCAUUUGAUGCUACAUUCCGAACAAAUAAGUAUGGAAUGAUUUUUGUGCUGUUUACAGCCAUUGAUAACCACAAACGUUCAAUAAACAUUGGAGCAGGUUUGUUAAGCAACGAGUCAAUAGAAUCUUAUCGUUGGUUGCUCGAAGCUUUUUUGAAAGCACAUGGAAAACACCCUCAAUUAUUGUUAACAGACCAAGAUCCAGAAAUUCUACAGGUUUCAACCGAUUUUUUGAAAAACACUGAUUUUCGAAAGCGUUUUACUAAGCUUGUUUGGAAUGUCUACAUCGAGCCUGAAGUCUUUGAAUCAAGGUUGAAACUGCUUAUGAGAAAAUUCAAACUACAUGACAAAAGAUGGUUCAAAUACAUGUACAGGGAUCAAAAGCUUUGGAUUCUAGACUAUUUUAAAGACAUGCCACUACACGGUCUGAUGAAAACUACUUCAAGGUCUGAAAGCGUCAACUCAUUUUUUAGUAAAUACUCUAACUCUGGUAAUUUGCUUAUCUAUUUCAUGAUGAACUACGACACUGCAAUUGGAAAGAAACGGAAUGGUCAACAAAAACUAGAACAUGAUACAAAAAAUGCAAAGCAUGAAAUGACGCUUCCAAGUGGAUUACUAGAACAUGCAGCUACGGUUUACACUAAAACCGUUUUCUAUGAGGUCAAAAAGGAAAUAUUUAAAGCAGUCUGGUACUGUUCUAUUGACAAUGUUGAAAUGAUUGAUGGGUGGCAAGUUGUUAUGAUUACACAAACGGAUAAGAGCAAACAGUUGAAGAUAAAAUGCAAGGUUGAACUAAAGUUGACUGAAAAAGAAGUUAAAUGUUCAUGCAAUCACUUCAUACGUACUGGCAUUUUGUGUCGUCAUAUUUUUGUUGUAUUGAAAAACAACCAUGUUGAAGAGAUUACAGAGCAGUAUAUUCUCAGAAGAUGGAGAAGGGAUGCAAUUUCCAGCCAUUUGCUUGCCAUGAAACAUGUUGCCAUGGAAACAGAAGAUGACACCUUUAAACUUCUAACUGAGGCAUACAACAAUAUUGAAUACUGCUUGGAUCAUUUCAAAAGAAGCAAGGAGAAAUUGUUGGAAUUUGUUGAAAAAACAUGUAACUUGAAGCAGGCAGCAAUGGAGUUUGGCAGUUCAAACCAAACAUCAUCUGAUAAUGAUGAAGAAGAAAUUAUUCAAAUGCUUGGAAUAUGCAGCAUUCCUGAUGAAAUAAAUAUCCAUCCACCUUCAUCUAUACGUUCAAAAGGUAGUGAAACUAAGAAAAUAAUGGUUAGUGCUAUUGAGAAAGUUGUUGCAGCUGCAAAGAAAAAAACCAGAAUGUGCACAGGUUGCAAUCAAUAUGUUAACCAUAAUUGGAGGACUUGCAAAGUCAGACUUGCACGAGAGUCAAAACAACCUUAA